UUUAUCGCAGGGAAAUAGAUAAAAUUAAGGUUAAAAGAGAAUCUGACAAUUAUGAGCCUUUUAAGGAAGGAAAAAUUUUUAAAGAAAAGUGGAGUUAUUCGCCUUCUAAAUUACCCCAAUUUCAGUCUAGUUGUUUUAAAAAUAAUUAUUUAAUACAACAAAAAUGCAAUCUCAACAACAAAAAGUAGGAAUGGGAAUACCUGCUGAUCGUUCUGCUCGUUCAAUUUUUGUUGGAAAUAUUUCUUAUGAUGUUAAUGAAGAGGAAAUUAAAAAAAUAUUUUCUGCGUGUGGACAAAUCAUUGGUUUUCGUUUAAUGUAUGAUAGAGACACGGGAAGGCCUAAAGGUUUUGGUUUUUGUGAAUUUACGGAUGUUCAACAUGCUGAGGCUGCUAUACGGAAUUUUAAUGGUUAUGAAUUACACGGAAGACAGUUGAGGGUGGAUUCGGCGACGGGAAAUGAAUCUGAGGUUUUUUUGAAAAUUAAUUUUUGGGCGAAAGGCUAUCGAGCAGAAUUGAACCUGCGAGCUUCUGACCCGUACAAUAAAUUUGGGAUUGAAUUAUUGAUUUGGUUAACCAUUAGAGAUCGGUAUUUUUGA